AUGCCUCUUGCAGGAACUCCAUCUCCAUUCCGCUUAUCCCGCCGCCAGCAAUCGACGCGCCGUAGCGCUGGUCCGCAGUUCGCCAACUCCCCUCGCUUUCUGCUCUCGCAGAGCACACCACAGCGGAACAAGGAUCUCGAUAUUGAAGACGAUGACGAUCUUAAUUUGACCGUCCCAGUUGGCACGCGCACCCCAGCCCCCUCCCGGAAUGCCAUCCCACCGCGUUGGCAAAGGGACGUAAUUGAGGAUUCAGAUGGUGGCGAGCCUUUCGGAGACAUCGAACCCAAAGAUGCCGAGGGAACGACGCUGGCAGACGAUGUCAUCGACAGCUCUCUGCCAGAGCAGGCAGCGAGCCCCGCCGAUCUGAGCACUGAUUUCGAAGCGGUGUUUGCACCCGUGCCAGACAGUCACAAACGGCGCCGACUCUCCGGAGGGCAUCACUCCCUGGAAGAUAAAUUGGACCAAGAAACCAAGACACUAUCAACAUCGCCUGUGCCUCAGAAAGCCACUCCCGACCCAUUGAAGACGCCCGCUUCUCGUGUCGCGCCGAGACCGGUAGGUCUCGACAAUGAUAUACAGGCCACACCAGGCGUGCUAGCGCGACCGACGGGCCCGGUGCCAUCAACGCCUAGAAACACGACAACUCCUUACCGCAGUAAACCUCGCUUUGUUCUUUCCAAUAAAAAGCCGCUUUCCAGUCAGACUCCCUUCAGAGCUGAGACGCCCUUCGCAACGCAGCCGACUCCACCACCUGAGAGACGAAAGCCAGCAUUUGUCCUUCCUCGUGAGCCGUCACCGGAUGCCGCUGUUGAAAAUAUCCCGGCGCCGUUCUCUCCUUCCUCGCGCACCUUGCGCCGUCGCGGUCGAGGUCGCGCAGGAGUGCCGGUCUAUACACCUGGCGGAAUGGCGGCCGAGGUUCGAAGCUGGAUUCUUGAGAUGGGCUCCAAGCAUGAAGGCAUCGCCCAAAGUAAGCAUUCUGAAACAAAAAAUGCUUCAAGCAAGUAUCUUGUUACCGCUCGCGUUGUUCAUGUUAGCCCGGGAACAUUGAGCAGCUCCGGCCCAUUGACGCUCAUCCGGGCCGAAAUAAUAGAGGCAUCCGAAGAAACAGAACAAGAGCGCAAAUUUCUAAAUAUCAUGGCAAUGGGAUCGCCUCGCUCUCAACUUUGCACCAGUGAUGGCUCGCACACUGGGCAUUUCCAUAUCUCAUCAGUCCAAGAGGGCGACUUAGUCGGCAUAUAUCGAGGCCUGACAUGGGAAAUGGAACUGCAUGAUGGCCAAGCACUUGGUGCGACCAAGGAUCUUGCCCUUGACGGCGAUUCUUUAAAUGACAUAAACCAGCGCUGGCUAGUUGUUAUGAAAUGGGAUUUACUGUCGGAAGACCCAUGA